CGGGCGCGCGGAGGGAGGGGCUGCGGGAGGAGGAACCAUGUGGCCGCAGCGGCCCGGCUGUCCCCCCUCUCUUUCUUCACUCCUUUUUCUUUCCAAACAGGGCAAAGUGCUCCACGACGCGGGAGCGCCCCUGCGCCGCGCCGCGCCUCCCUGAGCCGUGUGCCAGGCGCGGGGCCGAGCGCGGGGCGCAGCGGGGCGCAGCGGGGCGCAGCGGGGCGCAGCGGGGCGCAGGGGCAGGGGGCCCGCCGGCACAUGGGGGCGGCCCCCCGGCGCGCACCCCGACGCGCCGCGCCCAGCUCGCCCCCAGGGCCCCGGAGCGCGGCAGCGGCCGAGCGUGGACGCGCCCGCGUCCGGGCAGCGGGAUGUCCCUCCUCGUCCUCGUCUGGCUCGCCUCCUACUGUGCCAGCUCCUGGGGAACUCACACUGAGAUCAAGAGAGUAGCCGAAGAGAAGGUCACUCUGCCCUGCCACCACCAGCUGGGGCUCCCGGAGAAAGACACUCUGGACAUCGAAUGGCUGCUGACCGAUAAUGAAGGCAACCAGAAAGUGGUGAUCACUUACUCCAGCCGCCAUGUCUACAAUAACCUGACCGAGGAACAGAAGGGCCGAGUGGCCUUUGCUUCCAAUUUCCUGGCCGGAGAUGCCUCCCUGCAGAUCGAGCCCCUGAAGCCCAGUGAUGAGGGCCGCUACACCUGCAAGGUGAAGAACUCGGGGCGCUAUGUGUGGAGCCACGUCAUCUUAAAAGUCUUAGUGAGACCAUCCAAACCCAAAUGUGAGCUGGAAGGAGAGCUGACGGAAGGCAGUGACCUCACUCUGCAGUGCGAGUCAUCCUCAGGCACCAAGCCCAUCGUGUAUAACUGGCAGCGGGUCCGAGAGAAGGAGGGAGAAGAUGAACAUCUACCUCCCAAAUCUCGGAUUGACUACAGCCACCCGGGGCGCGUCCUGCUGCAGAAUCUCACUAUGUCCUCCUCCGGCCUGUACCAGUGCACAGCAGGCAACGAGGCGGGCAAGGAGAGCUGCGUGGUGAGAGUGACCGUGCAGUAUGUGCAAAGCAUAGGCAUGUUGGCAGGGGCAGUUACCGGCAUGGUGGCUGGCGCGAUGCUGAUUGUCUUCUUAGUGUGGCUGCUGAUCCGAAGGAAAGACAAAGAGAGAUACGAGGAAGAGGAGAGACCCAAUGAGAUCCGAGAGGACGCAGAAGCCCCCAAAGCACGCCUGGUGAAGCCCAGCUCCUCUUCCUCAGGCUCUCAGAGCUCCCGCUCAGGCUCGUCCUCCACACGGUCCACUGCAAAUAGUGCCUCACGGAGCCAGCGGACACUGUCCACGGAGGCGGCGCCGCAGCCCGGGCUGGCCGGCCACGCGUAUAGCAUCGUGGGGACAGAGGUGCGGGGCUCGGAACCAAAGAAGGGGCACCAUGCUACCCUGACCAAAGCCGAAACCACACCCAGCAUGAUCCCCAGCCAGAGCAGAGCCUUCCAAACCGUCUGAGGGAGAGUGGACAGGACUCCCGCGCCCCCUCUGAGCCAGGGUCCCAGGACUCUGCUGAGCUGCUGCAGCUCCGUCACCAGCCACACACCCCCUGGAACCAGGAGUGAGGUCACCACGUCGCAGCGAGCUUUGCAUGGAACACAGCCAGAACACUUUUUCGGACGGGACACCCGACAAGACAGAGUGAAGCCCUUCAUCUCUACAAAAGGCAUCUCAGGGCGUCCUGGCACCAGAGCAGGGGAGAGCCGGAGUCUUAAACUGUGUUGGUGGACCGGGACCCCGGGUGUGAAAAGCUGGGGAAAGGGAAGUGAACACACUUAAAAUUGUCACCUGAGAUUUUUUUUUGUAUCAGUAUUUUGUUCACCGUUGUCAAGAAGAAAUGAGGUGUUCACAAAUUUUCUAUGCAUUUCUGCAAACCUAGUGGAAGAUGAUGUUUAUUCAGAUAGUCAAGCAGAGCCCACAGCCUUAUAUCACACCUCUCUGCACCUGGACUGGGGCUGAGAAACUUCGAGAAACUCCCAGAAAGGAACCACGUCUCUUUGAUUCUGACUUGACUUCACUUAUUCGCCAUAGGCUUGGAUAGUCAUUUCAAGAGGAGUUGAAAUCGUGGGGGAUGGAAAAUGAUAGAGUUUCUCCCACUCUACUACUAAUCUUUCUACUUAUAGAGUACCUUUCUACUUAUAUUGUAGAAUUACAAAAGGAGUUCAAAACAUGUGACAGGGGACUGUGAAAACUUUUUUCUCGAUGAAUUUUAGAGGGCCACUGACAAAUAUCAGAAAUACAGAAACUGGAGCGACCGUGGAUUCUCCUUCCGAUCAGAUGAUCGUGAGGCAUAACCUGCUUGUCUCUGGAGCAAGGAAACAUGCACUGUGACAUUUCCCAGUGUCUUUAGAAAGAAGUUUCUAGAGAAGAGAUUUUCACGGAUGCCGAAAAGGCCAUCCGACAUAACAUUCUCUUCUCUCUCAGAUGAAACCAGGAUUUCAAGAGUAGACUAGAAAGGGUGAUUGGAAUCUUGUUCUCUUCAUAUGUCCAUGAUUGUUAUGAGGAAGUUUAGUAUUGCACCGAACUGAGAGCUUCCUCCAUUUAUUUUAGGGAAAAGAUCUGAACCUGGGACUUUUGACAAUUCGAGGCCUUAAAUUAUCAAAAAGAUCAGGGAUUGCCAGCAUUCCCCAGUGGCAAUGAAAGUAAGUCAUAAUCAAUCCCUCCUGAGAGGUAGACACAGAAAUUCAGUAUUUCCCCCCAGCUCAGCCUCCCAGGAAGUCUGCUUCCGGACUGGUAGGAAAGGAAAUUAACAUUCAGGGAAGAGCUGGGAGAAUAACAAUGGGUGGCAAGAGGGAGCUAGGUGAAUGCCUGUUCCCGUUUUAAUUGUCAGCAACUUCAAAAGAAUGAGCAGAACCGCUGCGCCUGAAUAGCUGAUUGGAAGAGCUGAUUCUUGGGGGGGAGAAGGAAAGAGUCUGAGAAAUCAGCAGCUUCCAAUAUAGCAACUGCCUUUUCAAUUGUUUUGACUACUGAUAGUCAAAGUCACUCUACAGCAAGAAUACUAAGUUUGAAAUAACCCCUCAAGGAACCUAGAGCAAAUGUGAACCUUUGGAAGUGCAGAAUAUAUCGAGAUUUAACAGGAGGGCUGAGGAUGUGGGUCAGUGGUUAAAGCACAUGCCUUGCUUGUUGGUCCCAUCCCUGAAACUGCAAAAAAUAUAUAUAUAUAUAAUUUUUUUUAAUGGGAGGCAGGCUAUUGGGAAAAAAAGUAAUGUGAGGCCGAUUAGAUAUUACAGGGGCAACUUCCUAUCUUCCACGUGACCAACUCCAGUUCAAUCCUUGGCACCACAAAGGCCCAAGAAUGUUCAUGGUGUCACCAUAGAGUCCAAGUAGCACCACAUUCCUCACAUUGAACUGUCGGCCUGCUUGGCUGAGAAUUACUGGAGUGGUCCCUAGGCUGCCUGAGCACCACCCCCAUCCCCCCCAACAUAUACCCAGAAAAGAAAAAGUAAUGGUAACUAUAAGGAUUGAAAGCUUUGCUUAUAAAAGUGAAUCAGGGUGGGCCCCUCUGGCUGGGCUUGCAGAAUUAACUUUGCUACUUUCUCUUUUCCUUAAAUAAACACUACUUCAGCAUCGAAAUAAUAACAGGAAUCGGCUCCUUCAAGGAAAAUGGAUGAUCAAGGAAAAAGCCCGUCUCUCUGGGUUUUCAGUUUCUAUAUCUAAUUCUCACAAUGGUGCCCUCACAUAGUGCCAAUAUCGCUCCUUCUAAAAUCCUUUAAGAAACAGCAGAUUAUCCUUGGGUGAAAGAUGAGAUCUGAAUUUGUUCUGUUUUAGAAAGUGGGAAAUAAAGAGACUUGCAGAAGUAAAGAAUGCUUUCUGUUAGUUUAAGAGGGCUUGCAUAUUCGGAAUGCUUCUUGUACUAACUAACACUGCCUCAUUGUAAGAUAUAAACCCCUUCCUUACUCAACUUUUUAUUCUUCUGGUAAUAUGCCUCUUGGCAACUUGUCACUUUUGCUCUGUGAUUCUAAGAAUUUUCAUUUCUAAAGUACCUGAGCCCAACAAGUAUUUUACGGAGGCUGCAGCUCUAUCAACUUGCUUUUAUCAUUAUUUGCUAACUUUGAAUUUAAGAUUUCCUGCCUAAUGCUUUUGGAAGCAGGAACCAGUCCCCUUUGCAUGAAAAGGAGGUUUAGAUUAUUAAAUAUGUUAGUUACUAGAAGACUAAAGUACCAGUUGAAUAUCCAGAUCAUCUUGGAAAUCUGUUCACACUGGAAAUCUAGACACACUAAAAUCAAUCACAGAUCACUACCUUAGAUCUGAGAAAUUCUAAGAAAUUGGACAUGGAGCUGAUAAACCCAAUAAACUGAUCUUUGCAAUGAUAGUUUUGCUCUUGGAGUCAGGGAUUUGGGUUUAUAUGGACAAGCUCGGAGCAUAGGAUAAAGUUUGAGCCAUUAUUGAUUUCCAGCCAGAUUCCACUAACUUUGGCGGAAAAAAUUAAUUCAAUCAAUUUGAUUCUUUAAUUUGAAACAAACGGAGAGGAUAAACAGUAGAAGAAAAAGUGUAGGAGGAAGAAACAGGUGGAAUGAUGUGGAUAUUUCGAGAAUAACCCAUUUCGAUAAAAUAAGCCAAACUUAAAACCUGUAAAAUAAUGAAACUGAUGCCUUUGUUGUCACACUGUAUAAAAACAAUUUCAGAAUGCUGUUGAAAAAAAAAAGACAUAAUUUUGCCUCAUUUCUGGUGUUAAGCUGUUUAUAUUUUCAUUCUAACUUCUAAGUUGCCUUGUAAUUGGGACUGUAUUUGAUGGCAAAACCAAAUAUUUAUUACAGAUGCAUCUGUGUCCGCAAUUAAAAAAAUAAAUAAGUGAAAGUGA